AUGGCUCUAGCAGAAAAGCAGACUGCAGUAUACAUGGAUGAUAUCAAGAGCGAUGACACCCCACCUUUGUUCGAUUUUGAUCCUGUCGCUGAGAAGAAGCUCAUCCGGAAAUGUGAUAUCCGUGUUGUGCCAGCUCUCUUCACAAUCUUCUUACUUGCCUUUCUGGACAGGACAAACAUAGGUAACGCGAGGAUCCAAGGGCUUACUGAGGAGCUCAAGAUGGUCGGAAACGACUACAAUGUCGCUCUUCUGGUCUUCUUUAUCCCUUAUAUUUUAUUUGAAGUUCCUUCGAAUAUCUUGAUUAAGAGACUUGCGCCGUCGACGUACCUGUCCGCAAUCAUGGUGCUAUGGGGCAUCGCGACCAUAGGGCAAGGCCUCAUCACGACACAAGGCGGCCUUAUCGCCAUGCGGGUACUUGUCGGUCUCUUCGAGGCGGGCCUCUUUCCAGGCUGCGUGUACCUCAUUAGCAUGUACUACAAGCGGUACGAGCUCCAAUGGCGAUUGUCGCUCUUCUUCAGCGCUAGUAUAGUCGCUGGGGCUUUCGGGGGCCUGUUCGCAUUCGCCUUGGCAAAGAUGGACGGGAUUGCUGGCUAUGGCGGUUGGCGGUGGAUCUUCAUCAUCGAAGGGAUCCUCACGGUUGUCGUUGGUGCGAUCGCCAAGUUCUGGAUCGUUGACUGGCCCGAGACCGCGAAAUUCCUUAAUGAGGAUGAACGGAGGAUGCUCGUCGCCCGGCUCAAGCAAGACAAUGGAGGUGCCGAUAUGAACACGCUCGACAAGCGUGCAUGGAAGAGGAUCAUCUUCGACUGGAAAAUUUACUGCGGGUUCGUCAUGUAUUUCGGCAUCGUUAAUACUGGUUAUUCCACCUCAUACUUUGUACCCACGAUCAUCAGAGAGAUGGGCUACACUUCGGCAAGCGCUCAAAUCCGCAGUAUUCCGGUCUUCGCCUGCGCAGCCGUUUGUUCGCUGUCUACGGCCUGGCUCACAGACCGCCUAAGACAUCGCUAUUCAUUCUGCAUGCUUGGCAUCCUCAUUGCCACCGCCGGAUACGCCAUUCUGCUUGCUCAACAGAGCUCCGAUCUUCCGGUUGGAUUAAAGUAUUUCGCUCUCUUUGUCAUCACGUCUGGCGGCUACAUUUGCCAGCCUAUCACUUUGGCUUGGGUCUCCAAUUGCAUGUCCGGACACUACAAGCGCGCGAUAUCGUCGGCCUUCCAAGUCGGCUUCGGCAAUUUGGGUGGUAUCGUUGCUUCAAAUGUCUACGUGACUAAGGAAGCUCCUCUUUACCCCACAGGCUACGGUAGCAGUUUAGGACUAUUAUGGGUAUGCGCCGCAGCCUGUACAGUGCUCUUUCUUGGUGUCACCGUUGAAAACAAAAAGCGAGAUCGUGGCGAGAGGGAUCAUCGCCUUGAGGGACCGGAUGCUGAUAACCUGGGUGACGAUCAUCCGCACUUCCGGUUUGCAAGGUAG